GGGAGGGAGGGAGGUGCGCGGGUGAAAGGCGCAUUGAUGCAGCCUGCGCCCGCCUCGAAGAGCGGCGGGAACAGACUCUGAUCACGUCCGGGCUCCGGGUCUACUCGUCCAGCUCCUGCUCCGCGCGUCUCGGGGCCGCCGCGCGCCAUGCGCCCUCAGAGCCCCGCCGCAGCCUCGGCUCAGCGGCUCCUCGGCCUCCUGCUGCUUCUGCUGCUGCAGCUGCCGGCGCCGUCGAGCGCCUCUGAGAUCCCCAAGGCGAAGCAAAAGGCGCUGCUCCGGCAGAGGGAGGUGGUCGACCUGUAUAAUGGAAUGUGCUUACAAGGGCCUGCAGGGGUUCCUGGUCGUGAUGGGAACCCUGGGGCCAAUGGUAUUCCUGGGACUCCUGGGAUCCCAGGUCGGGAUGGAUUCAAAGGAGAAAAGGGAGAAUGCCUGAGGGAAACCUUUGAGGAAUCUUGGACACCUAACUACAAGCAGUGCUCAUGGAGUUCGCUGAAUUAUGGCAUAGAUCUUGGAAAAAUUGCGGAGUGUACAUUUACAAAGAUGCGUUCGAACAGUGCUCUAAGAGUUUUGUUCAGCGGCUCACUUCGGUUAAAGUGCAGAAGCGCAUGCUGUCAACGUUGGUAUUUCACAUUCAACGGAGCUGAGUGUUCAGGACCUCUUCCCAUUGAAGCCAUAAUUUAUUUGGACCAAGGAAGCCCUGAACUGAAUUCAACAAUUAAUAUUCAUCGCACUUCUUCUGUGGAAGGACUUUGUGAAGGAAUUGGUGCCGGAUUGGUGGAUGUUGCUAUCUGGGUUGGUACUUGUUCCGAUUACCCCAAAGGAGAUGCCUCUACUGGAUGGAACUCAGUGUCUCGCAUCAUUAUUGAGGAACUACCAAAAUAAAUUCUUUAAUUUUCAUUUUCUACCUCUUUUUUAUUAUACCUUUGAAUGGUUCAUUUUAGUGACAUAUAAUUUUUAGGUAUACAUCUGAAUGAAAAACAAAGUUAAACAAGUUUACAGACCAAAGUGUGAUUUCACACUGUUUUUAAGUCCAGUAUUAUUCAUUUUUCCUUCGAUCAAAGAUGUUCGCAGGAUUUUGUAGUUGCAUAGAAUACUGUCUUCAUAUUCCCAGUCCCUGAACCUAGAAUAUCACUGUGGCCUUUAAUUUUUCCUGUUCUCUUAGUAUAGCACUUUUUAAAAUAUAAAAGCUAACAGUCUUUGUACAAGUUGUAAAUGUUCAAAAUUGUUUUAUAUCUGUGAAAUAAAACUUAUUUCAAACAACUUUA